AUGUUCUGCGCUGGCACUUUAUCCCCCCCGACUUCCCUAAUCCCCUCUUCCCCUCCUCCCCGCCCCCCAUCGCUGUCGCGUAUCAUCCCCACGAUCAUCUCUUAUCCCAUGGCUCACCCGUGGUCACGGCCACUCGCGCAUGUCCUGCGGCAGCUUGCGCAGCCCCAUGUGGUCUGCCACCGCUGGCAUGCGGUCCUCACACACCUGGGGGCGCACUUCAAGGAAGGUGACCGCGAUCUCGUCGUGAGAGCACCGCUUUGCCCUCUCCCUGACCUCUACACCCCCCCCUCCUCCCCUCCCAACCCUCUCCCUGACCUCUACACCCCCCUCUCCUCCCCUCCCAACCCUCUCCCUGACCUCUACACCCCCCCCUCCUCCUCCCCUCCCAACCCUCUCCCUGACCUCUACACCCCCCCCCUCUCCCAACCCUCUCCCUGA